AUGACUAUCCAGAACCAGCCAGCCGUUUUCCACGUCAACGCCGCCCUCUUCGACUGUGACGGAACACUUGUCAACUCCACCGGCGCCAUUUCAGAAUUCUGGAGAGAUUUCGGUAAAUCCAGACCCCACGUGAACCCAGAAGAAAUCAUCAGAACCUCCCAUGGAUGCAGAACCUUUGACGUUAUCGCCAAGUGGUCGCCAGAAGAUGCCGAGGAACAACAAGUCACUAAAUGGGAAGCUUCCAUUCCAGACACUUUUGGACACUUUGCUAAGGCCAUUCCAGGUGCCGUGGAGCUUGUCAAGUCGUUUGAUAAAUUUUCCAGAGAGGCUACGGAAGAUGCCAAGCAGAGAUGGGCCAUUGUCACAUCUGGUACUCUUCCUUUGGCCACCAAGUGGUUGAACUUGUUGACGAUCCAGAAACCUGAAUGUUUUAUUACUGCAGAGAAGGUGACCAAGGGUAAGCCACAUCCAAUGGGAUACAGAUCUGCCAGAGAUACUCUUGGGUUUGAGAGCGACGAUGCCAAGGUUGUGGUGUUUGAAGAUGCUCCUGCUGGUAUUACUGCUGGUAAGGGCGCAGGCGCCAUGAUUGUGGGUAUUUGUUCGACUUACGAUCCAGAGAAGGUGAGAAAGGCCGGUGCUGAUAUUGUGGUUGAUGACUUGAGCUCGUUUAAGAUUGUGGGAUUUAACAAGGAGACGAACGAGUUUAAGGUUCAGGUUGGGGAGUACCACUAUGCUAAUGAGGAGUUCCUCCAGGCCGUCUAG